AUGAACACCGUCAUACUCGUCUGGUGUCCUCGCGGUCACCAGACCACGGAAGCAGAGCCGAGUGAAGUGACGACUUACCCUGCCAGCGGACGUAACCUGUUAGUCCUCCUGGCGCUCCACUGCCUACACACCAUGCACACCUUCACUCUCCUGUGUGCCUUCACUCUCACCGUCGCCAGUUGUUCGGGGCUGAGUUGUAUACCUUGUGAGGAAAGGAAGUGUCGUGACCCCAGCACCCUGGACUGUCCCUGGGGCACUGUCAAGGAUAUCUGUAACUGCUGUGACGUCUGUGGCAAGAGCCCGGGGCAGGAGUGUGGAGGCAUGUGGAACCUCCUGGGCAAGUGUGGAACUUCCCUCAUCUGCAUAAAGAAAAGAAUAUCUGGCGAUGGCAUCUGUGUGUGAGUCAGCUCAAAAUGCUACUGCCAGAGAGCCAUCUGCCAUCGUCUGUCUUCACCACCUCCCAGCUAGUACACUGGCUUUGCUGUCAAGACAACCACCUGUGAACCAUACAGCCACCAUGACAACCUCCAGGUUCAUAUUUGAUCAACAUUUUAGCAAGUGCAGUUGCAGUGGUGUGAAUACUGUUGUUGCAACUUUCAAGGACUGUGACAUCUUAACAGAAAUGAGGGUUUUAAAAUGCAAAAAAAAAUGGUAUAAAUAAAAAACUGUAAAUAACUCUUCA